AUAAUAUACCAUUGUGUAUGAUAUCUAGCAAGUACUCUGCCACCUUAGUAGCGAAUGUACAUCCUUUGCGCAAAUACACACGUUUUAUUAAAUGUUGUCACACAAAGUAUAGCUUAAGUCAAUAAAUAAAACUGCAAAAGACACAACAAAUGUAUUUAUAUUUUAAUGUUAGUUCGUUAUUUUGACUUCGGUGACAAAAGUCGUUAUAUUCUACGCGUACUUCAUUUAAAUUAAAUUAUCUAAACUAUUAUGCAUUUUAAGAGUAUUGUAAUUCUCUGCGUGGUGUAUUUCUUUACAUCAGUAUGGAGCACUGGACUAGAUGAGAGUCAAUUAAGAACAUGUAUUCAAUUAUACAACAAUCGCGAAAAUCCACUAUGUAUACAGGAAAUAACAAACCUAUUGGCGACCGAAUGUGGAAUUCAAAGUCCAGAAAAUGUUUUUGAAAAUAAUCCAGAAAAGCUCGAUUAUAUACAAUUGAACAACUUAUUUUUGGCGUUGGCGUAUAAAGGAACAUCUCACAACUUUGAGCAUAAAAUGCUGACGCCUUUGGAAACAGACUUAUACCUCAAAAUGUUCACUAGAAACGUCGAAAAUUCAAAACAACCUGGGCACCUUACUCGUUAUCAACUAUCAGUUGUAUUUGAUCACUUAUGUCUUAAUGUAGAAGAGAAGAUAAAAGCCGAAAAUGUAGCUAAUGAAAUUAUAGGUGAUGAUCCAAUUAACGCACCGGAGUUCUUGUUGAUCAUGUUCAAAAUUUUACCGGAAGGCAAUGGUCUAAACAAAUCACAAAUAAAAGAGUUUAUUAAUUCGUAUAGAUUGCAUGAAACUCAAUCUGGCAGUUUUGAUCGUUUAAAAAUUCAAAAUAUCUUUAAAGAUUUUCAUAUGGUUGAUAAGGCGUACGAAGAUUUAAUGCUAUUUGAAUUUUACCGACCCGUUGCUAUAGAGUUGAUGGAGUUGAUGCUAGUCACAGCAGUGCGGUCUAGGACAGUUAACGAAAAUGAUAAGGCGUUAAGUAUAAAUGAGGUCAGAUUAUUGAUAUCUGUAUACACAAAAUUUGACACAGACCAAGACGGUUUACUCUCCAGUAAUGAAGCGAAAACGUUCCUGGAAGUUUUUUACCCGAAUGAGUCAACAUCUAGUUUCGAUGGUAUAGAAAUAAACGUGGCGGAAUACUUGAUGUUCUGCUUUUAUAGAAAAAUGGAAAGGAAUUUAGAUAUUGAUUUCGUUAUGAAUAAAUUAAAUAUAUAAUUUUAAUUGUUACUAAUAUAAACAAUAAAUAUA